GCCGUCUCCACGGCAACCGCCGGGCCGCAGGAAGAUGUCCGCCGAGGGCGGGCGAGGCGCGGCCCGCGUCGUGUUCCGAGCCCUGCCGCAGAAAACCUUCUCCUGCCUGAAGGACAGGGACAUCGCGGACCGCCUCCUCAAAUGGUCCAUGCAAGGCAGGAUCACAGCACAAGCGUUCAGUUUUGACCAGCAGUUUAAGCCCUAUCAAAAGGAUGAGUUUCUUAUGGCAUUUUUUAAUGAUCAAAGUGUGAACUCCAGUUUAAAGUUGCUGUCAGCUUCAGGACAAUGGACUACAUUGGGUUCCAAAGUGACAAAAGUUGAAGCUACAGUGGUACCUUGUACACAGAUUUCCAUGUCAUUUUUUGAUCGGCUGUACUCUGAAGGAAUUGUUAGAGAAACUGGAACUAUUGUGAAAUGUUAUGAUGACUAUUAUGAUGAUAUUCUUAUCUCUGAUGAAUUAAGGAAGGUCUUGCUUCUGGAGGAUUCCGAACAUUAUGACUUAUUCACUCAAUUGGAUCGUGAGGAAUUUCUGUUCUGUCUUUUUAAGCAUUUUUGCAUUGGAGGAACUCUUUGCCAGUUUGAAGAUGUAGUUGACCCGUACUUAGAAACUACAAAAGCUUUUUAUAAAGACUUGGUGAGUGUUCAAAAGAGCCCUGGAACAAAAGAAAUACGUAUUAUUUCUACAGUCUUCAGAGUGUCUGCAUAUGAUGCUAAUGGCCUGUGUUACCCUUCAAGCAAAAGCCACCAACAGACCUUUGCCUACUUGAUUGUAGAUCCCUGCAAGCGACACGUGAAUAUUCUGUAUCACUGUUUCGGUGGAAGCCUGUUUACAAACUAGUUAUAAAGCUGGAGGUCCCCAGUUUUUUAAUGGAGAUUGCCUUCUUUCUAUUGGGUUCAGGUAGACAUUGCAUAGUUUUCUGACGAGGAAAGCUCUACUCCUUGACGACACGCUCGGAAGUGCUUCCCGUUCUCACUAUGUAGUUAGUGACAAAAGUUUUCCGGUAUUUAUAAUUCUUGAAGCUGUUUCCUGGGCCGUUGCCCCCCUUCCCUCAUCCGUUUUUUCUAAUAAAAAGUACUUCUCUAGA